AUGACGAAGCCCUCGGGUACUGGUGGGAAGAAGAAGAACCAGUUGACGCUUGCUCAACUGGCGGCUUACGAUGAUAUCCUAACGGAUGCGCUCGUUGAUCAUGCGUACUACUGGACAACCAUCCCCAAGAACCGCACAUCCUACCACCCAUCUAGAGGCAUCAAGGAGGAGGAGAUCACGAAAAUCAUCCAAAAUCACCUAAUUGUCGAUCCCGACAUCUCGACCGCCGAAGAGAAACUGCUUGCGACCGACGGGCUCAAGAGAUUCGCCAACACGCUCAAGACCCCCCGAGAACAAAAUGACUUUAAAGCCCACCUGCGUCGCUACAUGUCCAUCUACCUCCCGGACUGCCCCUUCGAGGUCAAUGCGACAAACCGCUACACGAUCGUUACAUACGAGGCCAGCAUCACGGCCCGCCGCUUCAUCAAGCGCAACGAGACAAUCAAGUACUUGGCUGGCAUUCAGGUGGUAAUCACGCCCGAGGAGGAACUGGAAAUGUCCUUGCGCAAGAAGGACUUUAGUCUGAUUGUCAGCAGCAGGAGCAAGUCCACCAGCUUGUUCAUGGGCCCGGCGCGGUUUGCCAACCAUGACUGCAAUGCGAAUGCCAGGCUCAUUACGAGGGGGCAAGCAGGCAUUGAGAUCAUUGCGUGCAGGAACAUCGAGGUCGGCGAGGAGAUCACCGUUACGUACAGCGAGAGUUACUUUGGCGAGAACAAUUGCGACUGCUUGUGUGCGACGUGCGAGAGCAACUUGAGGAACGGCUGGAGGCCGGUGGACGGGGAGGCGGUGGUCCAGAAGAGUAUCGAGGACGGAGAACAGCAGCAGUCGACCGAUUCAUCAACACCUUAUUCGUUUCGGAGGAAGAGGCGAUAUGGAAGUGCCGCUCUUCAGGCAGGUUCGCGCACUCCUUCAGUGACGCCCGAUAUGCGCCCGCGGGUUUUGCGCAAGUCGCAGAGCCAGAUGAUGUUGGGGGAGAGAAUGUCUACCACGGAUUCUGGUGCGCAGGGACCAGGGACAGAGGGCCGUAAACGAGCGCUGGAAAUGGGUACGCCCCCUUUCACACCUACGAAAAAGCAGAGAACCACAACGCAGUACCCGAUUAUCCCGAUUGCUCUUUCGACAGCGCCUUCCAGAGGAAGUUCGGAUAACGAAACGAGCAGAAGCCCUCUUUCGUUUAGCACGACGAAUGACAACAUUACGGACGCGACGUCCCAGGGCAGCGAAAGCCCGGGGCCUAUCAUUCUCUCGCCAGAACCGACUCCUAUUAAGCAAGCGAUUGGUGUGUUGAAGCAGGAAGAGGGCGUCAACGAGGUUGCCGUUCAGCAGGUCCCGGAAGCUUUCACUCCGCCGUCUAGCCAGCCGACAGAGGAACAGCCGCCGGUGGUGCGCCCUACAAUUGAGCGUUUGGCUGUGCGAGAUAGGAUGAGCAUAGCUAACCUUAUUUCGGGGCCUUCAAGUCCUGUUCCUCCGCCUAUUGUUGUCUCGAUAGCACAGGUCACAACGCAUAGGCCAAAGCCUCGGACUCAGCAGGUGCAGAAGACGGAGCAGACGACUACGAUCAGCGUUUCGCAGACGGCUACAACGGUGUCUCUAGAGCCUCCAGCCCAGAAUGACGCCCCGGUUGUCAAGACCGAGAGCCCGGUCAAGUCCAUUGUCAGCCAAGUCGAGCAAAUCACACAAAUCCAAACCACGACAAAAUCCACCCCCUCCAAGUCCAAGGCGGCGAAACCCACUGCCUUGCCACAACACCUAAUUCCAGUACCAGCAGCACCCACCGGCCGCGUUCCACGCGACUACACCCUCACGCCCCUCCUGCUUUCCGAGCCCGAAACGGCCUGGAUCAUGUGCACCCACUGCGCAUCCGCCUUUGUCCAGAAGAACGCCUACCUGACCAAGUCCCAUUGCCCGCGCUGUGAGCGACACUCGAAGUUGUACGGCUACAUGUGGCCCAAGACGGAGAAAUACGGGCCGAACGAUAAGGAAGAGCGUAUUCUGGAUCAUAGAAUGAUUAAUCGGUUUUUGACAGCUGAGGAGGAAGCGAGAGCGCGGGGGAGGGUUUAUUGGCGAGAGAGAAUGGGGAGUAAGAGUAAAGGGAAGUCGGCGGCGCCGGAGAAGAAGGGCGGGACGCCUGCGGGGGAAAAGAAGGAGCAGCAGCAGCAGGUUAAGAAAGAGCAGAGUCAGGAACAAGGCCAGGGACAAGGACAACAAUACGUCCAGGAACGGUUUGCUGUCCGCAAAAAGGUCAAGGUCCAGGUUAGAAGCACGGUGCCCACGCCGUUGAUAGUGACUAAGAAAGACGAGGCGGCGGAGGCGGCUGCGUUGGGAUUGAGGAGGAGUGGGAGGGCGAGAAGAAUCAGUGCUAAGCUUGCAGAUUGUGAGCUGGACUUUUGA